AUGGCUGCACCUCAACCCCCUCCACCCCCACCCCCUCCACCCCCUCCACAUCCCAACCCUGGCGGCCCCGGCACUAGCUCACCGGCGACGCCCGCCCGCCCUCAGCAGACUUCAGCUCGCACCGGUCCUCUCCUCCUCCCGGACUUCAGCGCCUCGUCCUCGGCGGCUCCCACUUUCUCACCUCUCUCCGGCGUUUUCAUCAACCAGCAUGUGCCCCUGGUUCUCUCCCUCAACCCACCAAACUUCUCCCAGUGGCGCACUCUGUUUGAGGUGAUGUUUCAGAAGUACGCCGUCACCGACCACCUUGCCGGACCACCUCGCCCAGCUGAUCCCGUCUGGCUCCAAGAUGAUGCGCACGUCGUCAGUUGGCUGUACAACCGCGUCAACGCGGAAAUCUUCGGCCUCAUCCAUCAGCGCGGCGCCACCGCCGCCGACGUCUGGGCGUCCAUCUGCUCGCUCUUCCUAGAGAAUCGCGAGCACCAGCAGGUGCUUCUCUCCACGGAGUUUCGCCGGAUCGAGCAGGGCUCUUCCUCGAUCAUCGCCUACUUCGCCCGGCUCAAGGAGUGUGCCGAUCGCCUUGCCGACCUCGGCGCACCGGUCGGCGACCGCGAUCAGGUUCUGAACAUGCUCCAUGGUCUUCAUCCACGCUAUCGCUAUGCUGUGCCCAUCCUCACCAUGCAGACUCCAUUUCCCUCGUUCCUCCGUUGUCGCGCUUUUCUCUUGAUCGAGGAGAGCCGGCAAUCCGACGAGCGCUCCACUGAAACAGCACUCCACGUCAGCCGCACGCCUGCCAACUCCCACAACGGCGGCGGCGACCGCAACUCCCGUGGGGGCGGGCGCAACAAGGGCAAGGGCAAGGCUUCUGGUGGUGGUGGCGGACAGACCUGGCACAACGGCGGGGGGAGCUCGUCGCACACCGGCGGGGUGGCCGCGCCCCGUCCACCCGCUCCUGCGCCGGCCCCGUGGACGGGCAUGGUGCAUGCAUGGCCUAUGCCGUGGCGCCCACAUGCCCCCGGCGCCGGCAUCCUCGGCCCACGCCCCGACGCGCCAUCACCAUUCGCCGGGGUGGCCACUCACCACGCUGGCGCACCUCCCCCGUACCCCUACGGGCCGCCCACCGUCUGGCAGCCCGGCGUCGUGCCGCCCCAUCCUCUCUACGAGGCACCUCCCGUUGGCGGCCCCAGCUCCAACACGCCGGCAUGGGACCAGAGCGCGCUUGUGCACGCUCUCAAUGCCAUGACCCUGCAGCAGCAGCAGCAAACCACGACGCCGAGCUCCACCUGGUAUCUCGACAGUGGUGCCACCUCGCACAUGGCGUCCUCUUCCGGAUCGAAGAACGAGGAGGGUGAUCCUCCGAUGUAACUCCGGCGACGACGAGCUCUUCCCGCUGUCUCCGUCGCCCCCCACACGCACUCAUCAUGCCCUCACCGCUGCGGCCUCUCGCGAUCUGUGGCAUCAACGCCUUGGUCACCUCGGCGACGAAGCUCUGGAACGCACGCUCCGGUCGUCCUCGCUCGCCCACACCAGCGCCUCUUCCAGUUUUUGUUCGUCGUGUCAGUUAGGCAAAAGUGUUCGUCUAUCCUUUAGCUCAUCCGAACAUGUAUCGUACUUUCCAUUUCAGCUUGUUCACUGUGAUGUAUGGACAUCUCCGCUCGCUAGCAUUUCAG